UUGUGGAUUCUCUGAUGUUUGAUUAUCUGUAACUUGGGAUAAUCAUGAGUUGGCCAGAUGGUUUGUACUCUGGUUUGAGGUGUAGGGAAGGAAAUACCUAUCUGCCACCCUGAAAUCUGAACCCACUGGAGCUGGGCAGAUACAUUGAAUUCCAAUGUCACAGCUCUGCUAAAGGCAAGGAACUUGGCCAGUGCUUUCUGGGGUACCUGGCAUUUCACUGCUGGCCAGUGGGUCAACAGCCCUCUAACCCCUGCCCAGUGCCUGUAUCACCACACAGGGGCUUUGGAAUCCAAGGGCUGUGAGCCCUCCUGGGCAGCCAACCUUGUCCCUUGGGGCUCCCCUCCCCCAGCUUGGGACAGGUUCUCAGAGCUGACUCAGGACCCUGUAGGGUUAGUCACAUUCGCUUAUAGCUGCAGAGUCAGAGGACAAAGAUGAAGAUCAGGUCUCUAGGGCCUCCUCCCUGCCCAGCAGGACACUGGCAGAGAACAAGGGCACCCAGGCCGGCUGGACCUAGAGGCUCCCUGGUCCCUCCACUAUCAUGCACCACAAGGACAGCCAGGGUUCGGAGACAGCCACACUCCUGUGACUCCAAGAAGGGUAGAGCUUGCAUGCUGUUGACAGCCUUAAAUAAAUUACAUGUUUGUUUAUUAUUAAAUUGUGGGCUACACCACAUACUAAAGAGUAUAAAAAAUGUAUUGGUUUAAUUUAAAGAGUUGUUAUGACACCUUGAAGGCUCCACAAUCACUUGCACCCCUGUCCCUAGAGGCCAUCACUGUGUAGACCUUUGUGCUAAACUUGGCCGUGCUUUCCUUUACGGGCUUACCACUAUGGACGCAUGUUGGUGUGGCCCGGUUUGGACGUAAUGCAUAUGGUAUGACAGCAUUCUGUGAGCCUUGCUCCUUUUCCUUGCCAUCAGGUAGGUCUGUGAGACCAGCACAUUGUACACAGCUGAAGUUUGCUCCAUUCCAUAUUUUGCUUUAUGUUGCAUAAAUGCUCCACAGUUAUUUACCCAUCCCACUGCAGAGGGGCAGCUCUUCCUUCUCCCACCCCAUUUUGGCUGUUCCAAGGGACAUCUCCACGAACAUUCUCACCUGUCUCUUGUCAGUCACCUGUGAGCAGUUGGGGCCAAUGACUAGGCAAGGCCAUUACCAGUGUCACUAGCCUCUGUUUCACUUUUUUCAAAGUCACCACUCCAAUCCACACUCUCACCACACCUCCCUGACACAUGGUGUCCUCUGAAUUUUCAAUUGUUACCACUCUUAACAUUUUCUUGAAUGACCACGGAUUUGGCCAUACCUGCCUCAUUUCCUGCACUGGGAAAAAUCUGUGGCCAUGUCCUGCUUGGAAGAGGCUGAGUGUUUCAGAGCGUACCCUCCAGCAGAAUGUCAAGUCUGCCAGUGACUUCAUCCCACUCCCAGGGGUGCAAGUUCUCAGUAAUAGAUGGGAAAAUGAGGCCCAGAGCAAGGACCAGGGAGGCUAGAUCUUUACCAGCCUCCACAGUAGAGGCAGGAACCAGAUGGCUUAGUCCUUGCUGUGGCUUACAUGUCCCUUUAAAUCUUAUGCUCAAGUUUAAUUGCUAUUACAACAGUAUUCAGAUGUGGGGCCUUUACAGGGGUGAGCAGGCCAUGGGACAAUGCCCUCAUAAGUGGGUUAAUACUGUUUUCAUGGUAGUGGGCUAGUUAUCUCAGGAGUGGGUCCCUAAUAAAUUUCAGCCAGUUUCCUCUGUUCCUUUCUGCCACAUUGUUGUGCAGCAUCUAUGGAACACUAUGUGGGUGCCAUGCUCUUGGACUUCCCAGUCUCCAGAGCCAUCAGAAAACAAACCUCUGUUGUUUAUAGUUCACCCAGUUUGUGGCGUUUUGUCACUGCAGCAGAAAAACAACUAAGACAGCCUCAUUCCUGGGGUCCCACUGCCGAGGCACUCAACUCUACCAUGGCUUCUCAAUCCCUCCCUCUCCAGGGCCCUCAACCUCACACAGCACAGAUGAAUCUCCAGGGACUGUGGGGACCAGGGCAGAGUGGACCCCUAAAGGCAAAGCUGGGAGUGUAUGCAAGGAAGGCUGGUGGAGGCUGUCUGGGCCCCAAGCCCCGAUCUGAGGAGACCCCAGCUUAAGUGGUCCCAUGAAGGCCAGACUCACAGAGCUGACCCCGACUUCUUUAGGUGACAGCUCUCGCCAUUGCCCCAGUCCCUGGCACAGGCCCCAGCCAUGUCCGGCUCACCCAUCUGUUUCCUUCCCCAUCUGGGCACCAGCGCCCCGGCUGUGAGGUCCAGUUCGGGUGAUGGAGACAGCCCCUGAACUUGCCAAAGCACCUGCCACAGAGCCUUCUGGAGAAACAGCAGCAUCAGAGCCUAUCAGGGAAGAGAAGUCUCUGGAAUCACAGGAGCCUACCUCUCAGGCAUUAGCCACCAACACCCCUGCGGCCCCUGCUUCUCCCACAGCCACUAAGCCUGCACCUCCAAAUGAAGAUGUCCCCAGUGCCCCACUGUUGCUGACCGUGGAGGAUGUGAGCCACAACUCCGUGACUGUGAGCUGGGAGCCCCCGGAGAAGCUGGGGAGGUUUGGGCUCCAGGGCUAUGUGCUGGAGCUCUGCCCAGAGGGAGCCUCGGAGUGGGUGCCUGUGAACCCCCGGCCCGUGAUGGUGACCCAGCAGACCGUGCGGAACCUGGCUCUAGGAGACAAGUUCUUCCUGCGUGUGGCUGCAGUGGGCUCUGCCGGCGCUGGCCCACCGGCUGUGCUGGACCAGCCUGUUCACAUCCAAGAGAUCGUUGAGGCUCCCAAGAUCCGUGUCCCCCGCCACCUUCGUCAGACCUACAUCCGCCAUGUGGGAGAGUCAGUCAACCUGCAAAUCCCUUUCCAGGGGAAGCCUAAGCCUCAAGCCUCCUGGACCCACAAUGGCCACGCCCUGGACAGCAAGCGGGUAAAUGUGCGCACCGGGGACCAGGACUCCAUCCUCUUCAUCCGCUCAGCCCAGCGCUCUGACUCAGGCUGCUAUGAGCUCACCCUGCGGCUGGAAGGCCUGGAGGUCAAGGCUACCGUUGACAUCCUGGUUAUUGAGAAGCCAGGGCCCCCCAGAAGCAUCAGGCUACUGGACGUCUGGGGUUGCAAUGCUGCUCUUGAGUGGACUCCGCCCCAGGACACAGGCAACACAGAGCUCCUGGGCUACACGGUGCAGAAGGCGGACAAAAAGACAGGGCAAUGGUUCACAGUGCUGGAGCGCUACCACCCCACCACCUGCACCAUCUCAGACCUCAUCAUUGGCAACUCAUACUCAUUCCGAGUCUUCUCAGAAAACCUGUGUGGCCUCAGUGACUCAGCCACCACCACCAAGGAGCUGGCCCACAUCCAGAAGGCAGAUAUUGCUGCCAAACCAAAAGGGUUUAUUGAGAGAGACUUCUCAGAAGCCCCCUCGUUUACCCAGCCGCUGGCUGACCACACCUCCACCCCUGGCUACAGCACUCAGCUGUUUUGCAGUGUCCGAGCAUCACCCAAGCCCAAGAUCAUCUGGAUGAAAAACAAGAUGGACAUCCAGGGUGAUCCCAAGUACCGUGCCCUGUCUGAGCAAGGGAUCUGCACCCUGGAAAUCCGGAAACCUAGCCCCUUUGAUUCCGGGGUCUACACCUGCAAAGCCAUCAAUGUGCUAGGGGAGGCAUCUGUGGACUGCCGGCUGGAGGUCAAAGCCUCAGCCACACACUGAAGAGCAACAACCAGAAGCUGGGAUGAGGAAAUAAGUCCUGCAGGCCUGAGGCCUUGGGCCCCAAGCUCAAAAUCUAGCUCCACAGUUGCCUGAGACCUGCAUCUCCAUAGCAACAGCUGAUGGAACUGCUUCUGGUACCUGCUGGCCUCCUUCCACCAGAGGCUGGAGUUCAGAACCCAGGAGUGGGCUUGGCAGGCCCCAGGCCAGGCCUCCUGGGUCCAAGGGGCCCUGAAAGAUGCAGGGAUUGGAGAGCCCUACAGAGUUGUGUGCUGAGUGAGAAGCACUCAAAUAAA